AUGGCAACCACUCUUUCCAUUGAUCUUCUUGCUUCUAAUAUCUUUGCUUACGCAGUUGACCUUGAUGAUGCUAGUGUUGGAAAGGACAUUCUAAACUAUAGUUUAGUUUGUUCACAUUGGGCUCAAUGUUUUAUCAAUGUGAAGAGAAUUGUAUCUAAUCAAGAUGUUGCUGAAGACAUGCAAUACGAACAAGAAGCAUUCUGGAAAUUGUUAUUCUCAACUUUACAUUCCAGAACAGAAUUUGAAAAACAUGAAACAUUCAAUUAUAGAGAAUUGUACAUGUUGAAUACCAUCCCAACCUUAGAUUUUGAAAAUCAUGAACAAACUUUUAUUGAUGGACCAUCAGGAAAUCAUCAAUUGUUCUACAGUGGAUCUUUGAAUAGUUGCAAUCUUCUCUCUAAUUCGUUGAAGAAUUUGCAAAUUCACAAAUUGGUGAUGAGAAGAGUAUUGAGAAGUUCUUACGAAACUUUCAUCAAGGAUGGUAAAAUUCUUGAAACAAUGGUUGAAUUCUUUGCCAAUAGAGUGGUCAACCGUGAAGUUCCAAAUCAAGAGUUGACUGAAUUUGAUGUUCAAUAUGCUAAGGAUGUUGAAGAAAGAAUUACACAACCAUUUAAAAAGUAUCUCCUCUCCAAAGAAUCUAACCCAAGAAUUGGAGAUUUCAUUGUUUCAAAUGGUGAAAAAUUCAUUGAGAGAUUCGAAUAUGCUGUCCAUUAUAUGAAAACAGGACACAAGACUUGGGAUGAUUACUACUUCUUUAGAAUGAGAAAAGCUCUCUAUCUUCUCAUCCUUAGUGGAAAGGUUGAUAAUUUGAGUAUUUUCGAUAGUGCACUCAUCAUUCCAAGAGAUUUUGAUGGAAUGGAAAGAGAAAUGGAAGAGAUUCCACCUCAACAAUAUGGAAUUCCAUUCCCAACCAAUAUGGAAGAGUUUAAAACAUUCCUUGAUGAAAAUUGUUCCAUAAUUUUGGAAAAUCCAUUUUGUUCUGGUUAUCAUGGAAGCGUUGAUUGUAUUAACUUUUUAAUCUUUUCUAAAGUUAAAAAGGGUUGUGGUUUUUACAUUAACAUUGAAAGUACAUCUUAA